AAAAAUUUAUGACUAGUCUAGGUACUUUGUCAAUAAGAAAGUGAUAGAAGACGCAGAUUGGAGAGAAGCCCAAGUGAUCGCUUCAGGUCACGAGGUAUUGGGAGAAGGAGAGUACAAGAUCAUGGAAUAUAUCCGGUUGUGCCGAGCGCAACCGGACUAUAACCUGAACGUGCAGCAUUACUUAUACGAACUUGAUGCCAGGAUUAGCAUGCUCGAUCUUCCUGGCCACGACCCGCGCCUUUGCUUGCUUCACGAAGAGGUGAAAUUCAGCCCAGUGGCGAAGAAAGACAAUGGCAGGUUCGUGAUCAAUUUUACUUCCGAAAUAGUGCAGGCCCACGUCGGUGACGCCCUUGGGCAGGCUGGGAGCAAAAUACCUCUAUUGCCUCUGAACCUCCUGCCUGGGUGGGGAGUGUGGGACGGAGCGGUAGUGCGUGUGUGGAUAUGACGAAUCGAGAAUUGGUUAUAUGUCGCAAAUAGGGGCUAUUGAUCAGCUGUAUGACAUGAUCUGGAUGCCAUUGUCCAGAAAAAGAUACCUCUUGUUACUAGGGCAAUUGAGGCCCCACGUAGUCUCGAAGACUUCCUCGGCGGCGCCAACUGGGACUACAAACGUUUGAGUUGGCAUCCAGCCACAGGACCAAUGCGGGGCAGUGGAAAAAACAGACCGCGGAUCUGACGGAUGGAGGAGAAGAAUAUGGUUGUACGUGUGCAGCGCCCGCGGCACCAAGUCGAGUGGGGUAUUGAUAUUGAGGAGUCGGAACUGGCCAAUGGUGGUUCUUGGAUGGGGACGCUGGUUGCCUGAUAUGAUAUCGUCGUUCGACAUCUCAGU